AUGGACGCCUCAUUUCCCCAGUAUCCCACCGGUUUCGGGCAGCAAGAUGUUGUUUGUUACGGGACCACUGGCCGGAUCGUGCUCGAUCGAAGGACCCAAACAGUCGUCAAAUGGCCCGUUGACACUCGGAGCUGGCGCGGGAUUUUGCAAGAGAAGGGAGUCUACGAGAGGCUGCAGGAGCUAGGUAGCCAUCCAUGGCUUCUCAAGUAUUACGGUGGCGUGGAGACGUACGGCCUCCGCCUCGAAUACGCUGCGAUGACCGACCUGCGGUCGCACAUCCGAUACAAGGGAAUCGGCCACUCGUUUGAAGCGAUGUGGAUGGUGCAAAUAGCGCAGGCGCUGGAAUUUGUCCACGCGGCUGGCAUUAUUCACGGAAGUGUGAUGCUUUCCCAUGUGAUGAUAGAUGCGCCAGGAAAUGCCAAACUGGCCGACUUUGCUUGGUGCUGUUCUUUUAGCUCAGACACUCUGCUGGCUCAGGUUCUGGCAAGUCACGAGUAUCCUGGAAAUCGCGCCACGGUGCAAGGCGACUUGUUCGCACUCGGCUCUGCCCUGUACGAACUGAAGACCGGCAGCGAGCCAUUUGUCGAGUUUAGCGACGAGGAAAUCAGAGCGAGAUUCAGGAAAGGCAUGUUUCCCGAUGUGCUGCCCAUGGGAGCUUUGGGCGAAAUCAUUUCCCGAUGCUGGGCAGGGUCAUACGAGAGCGCCACGGGUCCCAAAGAUGCUCUUGAAGCUUUAUGGUAUUCACAACGCCGUAGUUAG